AUGAUAAUAUCAACACUCAAGAUAUUGUUUGCAGGUGACCCACAAGCAGGCAAGAAGAGUCUCAUCCGAUCACUACUAGAUGUAUCUCAAGGUCAAGACUACGUAAAUGGUCAUGGUAGAAUUGAAUUGAAAUCAAAUAAUACUCCAAAUAACAUUAAUAUAGGUAUAUUAGUUAGAUGUAUCAAUGAAGUGUUGUAUACAUCAGUAGGAGCCAAAGAAACAACUUCAAGAAUAGUAAAAGGAUCUACAAUGUCAUUUGGAUCUGUGAGAUCAUGGCAUGAACAGUUGGAAUUGUUGGCUUGUUCUGGUGAAAGGACAUUGUUUGUUGUUGUUGGUACAAAGAAUGACUUGGUUGAUAAAAGAGCUGUACCACUUGAAACGGCCCUCCAAUUGGCUCAAUCUCUUGGUGUAGAGUAUUUCGAGGCAUCUUCAAUCUUGGAUCCAAACCUUCAAGCUUUUGAACAUAAUAUAUUAAAUUAUUAUUCAUUUAUUCAAAGAGAUGGUCAUAUAUUUGAUACAUUUGCAACUAUUGAUUUUAAUUUAAAUAUUAAAAAUCAAAAAAAUAAUAAUCAAAAUAAUCAAAAUAUUAAUAAUAAUAAUGAUAGUAAUAAUAAUAAUAAUAAUAAUAAUAAUAUAUUAACAGUAUUUAGAUCAAUGGUUAUAAGGAAUAAUAUAUUUGAUCAAGUUAGAAUAAUUCAUCAAACGUUAGGAUUAAUGUCAUUACGAUUGGAUAGUAACUAUUUUGAUUUCUGGGUAUCAAAUAGAUACUAUAAUCUUAUUGGUUAUAGACAACAAUUUGCAACAAAUUGUUAUCAACCAUUCCCAUCGGCACUGAAAUUUAUAUCAAUUGGAUUCACCAACUUUCUUCAAACCAAUACCAAUAUGGAUACAUUUUUAAAGGUGACAAGUCACAUUGACUUUAACUCGCUUUCAUAUCGAUACAGAACAAAGAUAAUAGAUAGAAUCAGUAUUAUCGAUAAUGAUGAUACAGAACUAACAACAGAUGAUUUACAAGAUGCCAUUAAAUUUGCAAAAGUAGCAACAAACAAAGAUCAAAUUGUAAAUUAUCUAAAUGAUUUAAUCAAUCCUCCAAAACAAACAAAAUCAACUACCUCUUUUUUAACUAAAUUAUUUGGUUCAAAACUAAACAACAACAAUAAUUAA